GGCUUCACCGCCCAACACAACCACUUCCACCCCUAUCAGCAUUAAAUCCACCUCGUCACUCUCCUUCGCCAUGUCUGCUCCCACGGCCACUGCGGCUUCCGCGAAGCUAUACCCGGCCCUGUACCUGUGCCACGGCGGCGGUCCGAUGCCGCUGCUGGGUGAUCCGGACCACGUGCCCAUGGUCACCAAGUGGAAGGAGCACGCCAAGGACAUCGUCGCACGCUACGGUGCGCCGAGGGCGAUUGCGGUGGUGUCGGCACAUUACCAGACCGCUGCGCCGGAGAUUGGCGGGUGCCAGCAGCCGGAGAUGUACUACGACUACGGCGGCUUUCCUCCCGAGGCGUACGCGAUUCAGUACCCCGCCCCCGGUGACCCAGAGCUGGCGGCGCAGAUGGUGUCGCAGCUGCAGAAGGAGGGCCUCUACGCCUCCCUCAACCCGAAGCGCAAGUUUGACCACGGCGUAUUUGUGCCGCUGAUGAUCAUGUUUGGGAACGCGUCCAUCCCGGUCAUCCCGGUGUCGGUGCUGCGCUCCAACGACCCGGCGGAGCACAUCAAGAUGGGCCAGGCGCUGCGCUCCUUCCGCGAGCAGGGCGUCUUCUUCAUCGGCAGCGGCUCCACGAUGCACCACUUCGAUCGCUUCGGUGUGCCGAACGCCGGCAAGCGCUUCGGUGACGCCAUCACGGCCGUGUUGCAGGACAGGUCGAUGUCGAACAAGGAGCGUGUGGCGAAGAUGAGCGGGAUCACGUCCUUUGACGGCUUCUCCGAUGCCCAGCCGCCCCGUUACCACGAGCAUUUGAUGCCGUUGCUGACGUUGCUGGGGACGGCAGACGGCGCACCCGGGCGCGAGGUGGCGAACAUCCCUUUCUACGCCGCGAAUGUGCGCCACUACAUCUUCGAAGAAUAA